UCGAACUUAUUUUCUAACCAUGGGUCCACUCUCUCUCAAGAAACCCUAGCCUCCAUCCAUACGUUCUCUCGCUAAAACUCUGCCACCACUCUCGAUCAAAUUUCGGCAAAUUUUCGAAGCAAUUUGCAUUUGGGUGACCGUUCGAAUUGCAAGCAGGAGGAAGAAAGCCAUGGCAGAAGAAGAAAGUUCCUCGAAGAGAAUGAGAAUAUACGUCGGAGGACUGGGUGCCGCCAUGACCGAGGACGAUUUGAGAAAGCUUUUUAACAGCGUCGGCGGCGUGGUGGAGGCUAUCGAUUUCGUUCGGACCAAAUCUCGCAGCUUCGCUUACGUCGACUUCUUUCCCUCAUCCCAAUCUUCCCUUUCCAAGCUUUUCAGCACUUACAAUGGAUGUGCUUGGAAAGGAGGAAAGUUGAGGCUUGAGAAAGCCAAGGAACAUUAUCUUGCUCGUUUGAGGCGGGAGUGGGAGGAAGAUGUUCAAGUUAAUAAUAGUACUGCUGGUGUAGACCUGGAGGUGUCUGCUCCAGAAUCUACUGAGAAUGUUGCAAAGUCAGAGCACAUUCAGAUUUUCUUUCCAAGUUUAGGAGAGGUGAAAUCUUUACCAAUUAGUGGAACAGGAACUCACAAAUACAAAUUUCCACAUGUUGAGGUACCACCUCUUCCUGUGCAUUUUUGUGACUGUGAAGAGCAUAAUGUUUUUGCUCCCACUGGCAAUUCCAAGGAGAAAAAAACAGGGGAUUUGGAUGCAGAGAAUGGCGAAAUGGAUGAAGAGGAGAUCAAACUGAUGAAUGCAGUGAUGAACAGGCUCUUUGAGAGGCAAGAUGCUUCUCGAGCUGAUCGUAACAAGACCAUGGCAGUCAAGGUUAAAGGCAACUCAACGACGAUGGCCGAUGAUCAACAACUUGAAGAUAAUAAAGUGGAUAGUGAUGAAGAUGGCCUGGUGCUUAAUGUGAUGGCUAGUGACUGCAACUCCAAAACCAUGCCAUUCAACAGUGGAAAUAAAAUGUUCAAAGCUCAUGGGAACAAUAAGGGUUCAUCCAGGGACCAGAAAAGUAGAGUUCAAAGCAAGAAAAGAAAAUCAGUUUUUAGUGAGGAAAUUGAUAGAAAUGAACAUGUGCCAAGUAUUCCUACUGGCAACGGAAGUACAAAUCCAGAAUAUAAGCCAGAUAGAACCUCAAGGCCUCAAGCUCCUGAUCGAGUAAUGCCGAUCCAAUCUUCACGUUCUCAGAAAUCCUCAUGGAAAACACUUAUUCGUGAUAAGAAUAAUGUUUCAUUCAGCAUCUCAAAUAUACUGCCUUCUGUUCCAGCAAAUCAAGAGCAAGCAGAAGUUGACGAUCUUUAUCUAGCUCAAUCAACUCCUAAUAAAAAUAGUGACCUUGGAAUACCGGUAGUAUUGGAAGGGAAAACAGAUGAACCUAUCCCCAUGAAGAGUAAUGUUUCAUUUAGCAUUUCAGACGUACUGCCUUCUGUUCCUUCAGCAGACAAAGAGCAAGUGAAAGCUGAUGAUCUGAAUCUAGCUGAUUCAACUCCCAACAGAAAUAUUAACUUUGCAACGGAUGAAGUAUCGGAAAGCAAAUCAGAAGAAAUGAAAUCUGAGAACAUCCCAGAAACCCAACAUAGCAUGCCAAAUGUCACCUCGAAUAAAGGCAGAGGUUUGGCAUGGCGGCAGAAAUCUUCAUGGACACAAUUGGUUGGUGGUGAGGAAAUCACCUCCUUCAGUAUUACUCAAAUUUUACCGAGCCAUACUUUUGAAAAGCAGGUUGAAAGGGAAAUAGAUGCUAUUGAUGUUAGUUUCUCUGCUGGGAGUGAAAAUGAUAAUUCAAAAAAACACGACAGUCAAUGUAUUGCAGAAGAGGAACCUGCUGCAUUUUUAAUAAGAAAAGAAAAUACUGCUGGGAGCGACAUCGAGAAGAAGCGACAAUCUGGUGUGAAAGAGAACGAGUCCUCUUGUAACCAAGUUACUGAGAGGCAUAUGCUACAGCAAGCAGGUUCAUCUGAUGUUAGAAGUGGAGAAACUUGCCCGUUUAUGAGAAAUUCUCGCUCGCUAGCGGAGUGGACGAAGAUAAAAGCAACGUUCUCUGGUGGUUCCAAAAAUAAAAAGCCUAGACGAUAGAUUACUCGCUUUCAGAGGUAUGUCUCUUAAAUCUUGGGUUGAAUGACGAGUCAUGGUUGUAUGUGAACACAAAUUAGUUUCAUCUUAUGAAUGGUAAUUUGCAGCUUUUAGUA